CCUGGUUCAUGGGUAGAUGCUCAAUCAGUGAGCCACUCUAGCUGGGCAGGCAUUGGGAUUUUUAAAAGUUCUGCGGGUAAAUCCAAGGUGCCUCCAGAGUUGUGGCCCCACUGUGUUAGACCCGGCCGGAAUCCAGCCCAGCACUCACUGGCUCUGAGUGUCGGCAAGUUGCUCAGCCUGUUUCCUUACCUUAAAGCAAUUAAACAGAAGACAUUGUUGUGAUGUUGUUAAGGGAGGUCGGCCCACACCGGACCCUGACCCGGCAGCAUGGAGCUGGUCCAGGACACCUCCCGCCCGCCACUGAAGUAUGUGAAGGGGGUGCCUCUCAUCAAGUACUUCGCAGAGGCAAUUGGGCCACUGCAGAGCUUACAACCCAGGCCGGAUGACCUGCUCAUCAGCACCUACCCCAAAUCUGGCACCACCUGGGUGAGUGAGAUCCUGGACAUGAUCUACCAGGAUGGCGACUUGGAGAAGUGUCAGAGGGCUCCCAUCUUAACCCGGGUGCCCUUCCUUGAGUUCAAGGGUCCAGGGUGUCCCACAGGUAUGGAGGUUCUGAAAGAUACACCAGCCCCACGGCUCCUCAAGACACACUUGCCCCUGGCUCUGCUUCCACAGGCUCUGCUGGACCAGAAGGUCAAGGUGAGUGGCAAUGGCAGCGAGAGAAAAAGGCAGCUGGGGCCAACCCAGCUUUGGCCCCAUCUUCUAGGAAGGUUUUCUCACUUCCUCAAGCCUGGUCUCAUCUUAAACGGGGAGAGGUCGUCAACCUCAUGCUCCGGUGGUCAGAUGGUCAGUGACAGCGAGACUUUGCAGGCCUCGGUGCUCACAGGCCUGUGGAGGAGGGGCCGGAGGGAAUUCUGCACACCUUGUUCCAAAUCGGUACAGUGGCAUUGAGAAGAUUGGAUGAGUAUAAAAUACAGUUCCUGGAACCAGCCAGGACUCUGGCAUCAGAGCAGGCUUCCAAUCCCAGCUCAGUCACAUCCAAGGCCGCCUCUAAGCCUGUUUCCCUCUUGGCCAGACCGAGAGAGAACCUCCCUUACAGGGAGGCUGUGAGG